GCUGACAACUCUUGGCGCAAAGAGAGGAUCCUGAACGUCCCGCUCUGCAAGGAGGACUGCGAGCAGUGGUGGGAGGACUGCAAGGACCAGAUGACCUGCAAGGAGAACUGGCACAAAGGCUGGGACUGGUCCACGGGAAGUAAUCGGUGUCCCUUGGGGAGUCCGUGCCUGCCCUGGACGCUCGUCUUCCCUGAACCCAAAGACCUGUGCGAGAAGAUCUGGACCAGCUCCUACCAAUACACCACUUUCCAGAGGGGCAGCGGCCGCUGCAUCCAGAUGUGGUUUGACCCCAAGCAGGGGAACCCCAAUGUGGCGGUGGCCAAGUACUACUCAAGAGCAGGGCGGGACUUGGCUGUCGGUCUGCCCCUGACAUUGCUCUUUCCUGUGCUCCUUUUCCUGCUCUCGGUGUAGCACGGCGUACUCCGUGCUCCUCAAACGCCCACUUCGGAAUGCAUCCUUUGCAACGGGUAUUCCAGCUCCUCUGGUGUAGUGCAGGAUCGGAACCAUUACAGAUGGGCAGUUCUGUUGCAGCCUUCCUAGCGACCGAACCCAGCUAGUCAAGAGUUUGGGAAGGAUCGGGAAACCUUUCUUUUCUAAAUACCUCUCCUCCUAAACAUGGGGCUUUUCUACCUUCUGCCUGUUUCCCUUCCAAAAUGUCCACGCGGAGCUUUUAAUGGGAAGCAUUGGGGACCCCCUCGGAUAUCUAGGCGAACUGCGCUAUCCUAAAACUUAAGACAGGACCAGCGGCUGGAUCUUUAUGUGCCUCUCCGUUGUAGGGUUGAGAAGGCACUAACCUGAGCGCCAAGGCAAGGGAACAAAUAUUUGGGGAUUAGAGACAGAGCCGCUCCUCUGCUUCCAAAGGUGAAACCUUUCAGCUUGAGAAUUUAGGAAGGAACACUUGUCAAAGCGACGAGGGCAGCACAACCAGUCGAUAACCUUUGUUCUAGGUGUCCCCACCUUUGUGUGUGUCUCCCUGCUUCAUUGGCCGGCUUGAAGACUUCUUCAAAGGGGACACUUGGUGAAUCUUUUCUUUCCAAAUUCUGCUUACAUUUUUGCUUAUGGUGAUGGCUGCUUUGGGUAUAGAGGGAGCCGUUCUUUAAAGGAAGGCCUCUCUCUUGGCCCGGGAAUGGGGUUGCAGGUUAGUUAUCACUGUCAUUUUCGUGAGCUCCUUAAUCGGUGGUGGAGGGUUUUGUUCUAAUCCACCGUCCUGCGGUGUCCACGAGUGAGAAGACGAAUCCGCACAAUCACUUUGCUACCUCAUGGCUUAAUGAUGUAUUGGCGUUCACUAGACCAGGUGGCUUCCAGAGCAAAAUCAGAUUAAUUUUUCUUUUAAACAAAAGGGGCAAACACGGAGGUUGGGUGCAAGGAUCAGAACUUGCUACCCACCCUUGUAGCAACCAUGGUUUGUCAAACACUGUGUGACUGGGAGCUUUUGCCAGACUGGGUGUUCUGGAACGUUGGACUGAGAAGUUACGUCUCUGCACGCUGCUCACGCUAAAUCCUGUUUUGUUCAUUGCUUUUCCACGGCAACUGCUUAGAGCUGGCAGAAGCAGUCUGGAUGUGGCCUUGGUCCCCGAGCAGGUAGGCACUGACGCACUUGGCUUCUCAUAGCUUGUGGGAAGGCAGCUCUGCUUUUCUUUUUGGGCAAAGUCCAGGGGAAACAGAGCUGAAUGUGCUGCCUUUAGCAAUGCCCAGCUGGGCUUCCUGGUUUUUCUUAAAGCCUUAACCAGCUUCAGGAAUCCAUCGAAGAACUGCGUUUUAGCAUCAUGCCGGAAUGUCCAGCGUCGCUCUGCGUUUGCGCUGCCUUCCGGUCCCCGUAUAAAACUUUGUGCGUGCCUCUUGGAAAUGAAAAGGAAUAAAGGUUGGAAAUUGCUUCGAGCUCUGUGCAAGGUU